AUGCUCGUCCAGGCGUCCACAUCGAGGUCCACGCUCGCGUCGCACCAGGACGCCGAGCUCGUCCCGCACUCGCCCCAGCUCCGCCGCCUCCUCACCCGCCUCGACAAGGCCGAGCUGGUCCGCCUCGCGCUCGGAUGGCUCUCCGCCAGCAGGGCAUACCACAUCCCGCCAAAGCUGUCGCGCCGACAGCCGGCCAAACAGGCGGACAUCGCCGACGAGGCCACCUUCCGAUACCACGCCGUCCUCGACCUCAACGAGGAGAGGAGGGCCAGGUCGCUCGAGUCGCUCGAACUCAUCUGGGCCGCGCUCAUGAUCGACCCCAAGGUGCCCAAGACCAGGGCGGUGGAGCGCAUCCUCACCGUCGACUGGGUCGAUGGGCUGAGCUACGGCAUGGUGGCCGAGGUCGACCUGCUGUUUGGCGCCGACAGGAGGACCAGCAGGAGCUGGUCGGCCGUCAAGCUCGUCUACGACGACGCAAGAGACUCCAAUGACAAGGGCUUCGACAAGCUCGCGCCCCACCAGCUGCACGGCCGCUUCAGCACCGAGCUGGCCCACUACUUCGAGCACCACAUCUUCCUGCAGGUCGAGGACCCCUCGAAUGGCGGGCGGAAGGCGGGCGAUACCUCACCCGUCCGGGCCGCCUCGACGCCCUGGACGUCGCACUUCACCUACUUCCGCGUCGUGCUGGCCCCUUCGCCCGCCGACAUCUGCGCCGCCGGGCUCCACAUGCUUCACAUCCCCAAGUCGCCCUACCUCUUGCUCUCUGGCAGUCUCGGCCGCGGCAGCGAGAACCGCGAGAUCGCCCUGAGCGCCCUGGCGCAGGCGGCGGGCGCGGUGACGGUCAACUACCCCAAGCCGCCGCCCGGCUCGCUGCAGGCCAAGCGGAUAGAGCUCGACGAGCUGGGAGAGGACAAGGCGGGCAACAGGCGCACGCUCGGCGAGCUGCGGGGCAAGGACCCGAUCGCGCUGCGCGAAGUGCUGGGCAUCCUGCCCGCCAGGCACGCCUCGCUGCUGCGGGUAUCGAGCAGAGCCAACGUCUCGCCCUCGCCGACUCCGCCACCGGCCGAGAGCAACGACAAGGCGAGGCAGCGGAUCACCGUCAAGGCAGAAAGCAGGCGCGAGGCCAGGGAGCUGUUUGGCGUGCGCAAGGGCAAGGACGAGGACCUGCCCAAGUUUGAGCGGAUCGACUACGAGCUCUACCUCGGCUUCCCCCGCCAUCCGCCCUACAAGAUGCCCGACAUGCCGACAUCAUCCCGGGACGGCGGUGCCGAUGGCAGCACGGCAGUCAAGCUGCGGCUGGAGGGGACGCACGUCCUGGCGGGUCUUCGGAAGCUGAUUGAAGCGGGCAUGGACAGGGAGACAUCCUACCGGCCCAAGGUGGAGAACGGCGGCGGCGGCGAUGACGAUCGAUCAGAGCGGACGGCUGAGGCGACGAGGCUAGCUGGUCUACCGGGAUGGCUGACCGAGGUGCGCGGAACCAAGGUCGUGGUGAAACCGCCGGGCAGCCAGGACGAGCCUGCCGACGAUACCAGCGGCACCUAG